AUGAAGAUAGAAGAGGUUCAAUCGACCACUAAGAAGCAGAGAAUCACCACUCAUACUCAUAAUAAAUGCCUUGGCCUUGAGCCCAAUGGGAUGCCAAUACCACUGGCAGCUGGAUUUGUGGUUCAGACAGUAGCUAGAGAAGCUGCAAGGCUUGUGGUUGAUAUGAUAUGCCAAAAUAAGAUGGCGGGUCAGGCUUUACUACUUGCUGGUCCGCCUGGUACGUGGAAGACAACUCUUGCUCUUGGUACAUCACAAGAACUUGGAAGCAAGGUUCCAUUUUGCCCGAUGGUUGGAUCUGAAGUGUAUUCAUCAGAAGUGAAGAAAACUUAGGUUUUAAUGGAAAAUUUGCAUUGAGCUAUUGGUCUUCGUAUCAAGGAAAAUAAGGAAGUUUAUGAAGGAGAGGCAAACGACGGGUCGGGUCGUCACAGUGAGAGCAUGACAGGUGGAUAUGGUAAAAGUAUUAGCCAUGUAAUAAUUGGGUUGAAAACUGUCAAAGGUACCAAACAAUUGAAGCUUGACCCUACAAUAUAUGAUGCCUUAAUUAAAGAGAAUGUAAUUGUUGGUGAUGUCAUUUACAUUGAAUCAAACAGUGGAGCGGUUAAAAGAGUGGGCAGAAGUGAUGCUUUUGCCACAAAAUUUGAUCCUAAGGCAGAGGAGUUUGUUCCACUUCCUAAAGGAGAGGUUCAUAAAAAGAAGGAGAUAGUACAG